UUAUGUUAAUAAUGACCGGAGAAGAAGAUGAACGCCGGCCAUCAGAGGACGGCACACCUACACAUACUCGUCGACGACGCUGGAGCACUCCGAUUGAUUCCGGCGGCGAAUCUCUACAUGAUCAUGACAGCUUCACCGUUAGAUCUCUCGAGACAAACAGGGAAAAUGGAGGAGUUGAUGAAUCGAUCUCGUGCUCGGCAAAUAAUAGUUACAGUUUCUAUCUAGGAGAGAAAAUAUCACCGUGGGGGCCAUCAUCGGGACCGCCGCUACUCACGGAAUCGAGAUCAAUUGCGCGGAGGAGAGGAAGAAGCGUGACGAGGAAGCGAGAUCUACCACCAUUUUUGACGACUCUGGAUUGUAACGGACGGCCGAGAUUUCAUCACAGGAGGGUGAGGAGCGAGGGACGGCUAGAGAUUGCCAGCGUGGCCGUCGAUUCACCGGAGAUCAUUAGUGUUCGUGGAAGAGAAGGUCUCAGAAUCGGGACUUUGAGAAUCAGUCAACAACAUCAACAAGGAGAUGAUGAUCAACAGAUUCACUGA